GUUUUUGUUUUGUUGUUGAGAUGAGACACAAGCGCGCCUUCGCCCCUUGUGCUCACUCUCAUCUAGCACCCAUCAAAGCCUGACCAGGGAGUCAGUUGAUAAGAACAUCUAUCUGCAUUUCUCUUUCCAAAGCUCGCUCGGGCCUACCGAUUUCACAGCAGUGUAGACCAACCUCUGUGAUAGAGCGGUGACAGCAGUGUAACCUCUGUGGUAGACUACAAAGUCUACGAGCUACAGCGGCACCGCCACCUCCGCUGCUGCAAGACGCCACAUUCUGUGAGGUUAUGAGCCUCGCUUUACGCGAACACUAGGAGCUGCGGACGUCACGACGGAGGUCAAGACAUCCUACUGCUGUGGACUACAACAUCCGUCUGUGGACUUCGAGCGGAAAUCUGGAUUCGGAGAUUUGGGAGAUCAUCAACGGUCAGCGGAAACGAAAGUGAGCGCACUACUUGGUCAUCUACACCAAGGGGCAGAGAGUUCAUUAUACACACACGUUACCACUGCUGCAACAGCAGUAGUGGGUACCUCUGUGGUGAACAAACAGCAAAGUGUUGCGCGGGAAGCCUCGAUUUAGACAUCGAGCAAAUACUUCUGCGGCGGAGACAGGAGGGAAGACUGUAUCAACAGCGAAAGUCGACCGGGAACCGUAGUCCUAUUCACCGAUUCCCUAAGUGAGGAAAGGGUAUCAGGAGCGGGGUCGCAAAUUGGCCUACAACCGGAGUUCUAUUCACCAAUUCUCUAUCUAGGUGAGAAAAGGGUUUCAGAAGCGGGGUCACGAAUCGGCAACCGGAGUCCUCUAUAUCAGUAGAAGGAGCGGGGCUGGAAAAAUCUCAGCGACAGAUAGCUGAGUAAUACACCAACAAAAAUAUUAAAGACGAGAUCAUCAGGAUAAAACCAGAAAUGGAAGCAAAAUCGGAAACUGGAGGCGGAGGCAGCAUCUGGAGUGAUGGAUCCACAAACCUGGCCAACGUCAUCAGAGGACUCCCCAAGUUCGAUGGAACGAAACCAGAGGACUUCAACGACUGGAUGAAGAAAUUGGGUGUAGUCGUCGGCGUUACUCGGAGGGACAUCAUGCCACUUCUCAAGGGAAUGCGCAGGCCUGAUCCCUCGGACACCACCUUCGCCGCAUACGAGAGAGCAAACGAAGACCUCUACGCAAUCCUAUUCUGCCUCGUCGAACUGCCGGCUGCACUAACCGUACACAAGCACGAAGACGACACCGGCCUUAGCGGCGACGGGCAGGCAGCAUUCGCGGAACUGAAGGCCAACUACAAUCGAGUGACAGAUGAAGUGAUCAGGGCUAAACUGGACGACCUGGAAAGGACGGUCAUGGAGCCAGGAGAGAACCCGGACGAUUUUUUCAACAAGAAACACCGCCUCCGCUCUCAACUAGAGAAAAUGGGGGAAACCAUCUCCGAUCGCCGCUUCAAGGACAUCUGUGUGCAAGGUUUCUCCGAGGACUACAAGGACAUCAAGAUGAUGGUUUUCCGCGACCCAUCAUUCGACGUACAACAGAUGCAAGCCACCAUGCGCAACAUCUUCCUUGACGAGCAAAUGCGCAAGAGAACCAAGGGCCAAAUCGCUGGCCGCGUAUUCGCCAUGGCUACCAAGACAUCUGGCCCCAUCUGCUUCGAGUGCAACGAACCGGGACAUGUCAGGAGGAACUGUCCCAAUCGCCAGCGGGAGGGCCAUAGGGCAAAGAAGACGAAGCCUGCGGGAGCAACCAAGUGGUGCUCCGUCCAUAACACCACUACACACUCCGACGAAGAGUGUUACAACCAAGGAGCCAAGCGACCAGAACGCACGGGCAAGGCCUUUUCUGCAUGCACACACUGCGUGCACUGCUCAACCCAGUCAAGAGACAUACAAGCCAAGCCUACCACAACAGAAAUUCCCAAAGAAACAGAGAAGACCGAACAGGCAGAGAUCGACUUCUCUUACGACGAAGAUGCAUUCAAGGGUGGAUUCAUGUACCAUGCUACAUGCAGCAAGGGAAGCGGACGCACUUUCACGACAACUGCAACUGGGACUUCCGCGCUGGUGGAUUCUGGAGCUUCUGAGACCAUGUUCGACAACCGCCUCAUCCCGAAUGGACGUCUCGAAGAAGAACGCCCGACGCCCAAGAUCAUCGACGUUGCAGGAGAAAGCCAACUACGAGGCACUACCACUGGGAUCCUACACUGCACCAUCAAAGACGACAAAGAACAGCAACUACCCGUCAAGCUACAAGGUCUCAUCGUGCCAGGACUAGGCCGGAACAUCUUCGCACCAACGGCCCUUCUCAAGAAGGGCCUCCGAUGUGUCCUGGAAGACAAGACCCCACACCUCACCAUCGGCGGAGAAGUCGUCGUUCCUCUGAAACAAGAGACUCAAGACCAAGGCAUGUGCACCCUCGCCAUCACAUUCAAGGGCGAUCCAGCGUCGACAAGCAAGACACCCCCGAACAACCAAGAACCAGGGCGCAAGCCGAAGUUCGGAAAACCAGAAGCGGUACAGAUCGAUCACACUCUGCACGCGACAUGCUCAGUGGCGAUGAGCGUGAGCGCCGACCUCUGGCACCGGCGCCUCGGCCACAUCAAUCCACGUGCUAUGGAGAUUUUGCGGCGCAACCCCGCCACAGGUGUGAAAUAUGACGGACCUGUAUCCCCGUGCGACAACUGCCAAAUCACGAAGCACAAGAAGGCUCCCGUCCCGAAGAAGACCAGCCGUGUCCUGACCAAACCAGGCCAACUCGUCCAGUUCGACAACAUGGGACCAAUCGACCCGCCUGCGAAGUACAACGGACGCACCUACUCCUAUGUCGCCAAAGCGACCGACGUCUUCACCAGAAUGCGGGAAGUGUACCUACUGCGCGACAGGACCGAAACCACGCAAGCUCUGCACGCCUACAACAUGCAAGUAGCAUCUGAAGGCUACCGCAUCGAGGUUCUACGCUGUGACAAAGGGGGAGAGAACACUGGGGAAGAAAUGCGCAACUACUGUAGGGAGUCUGCGAUCAAGCUGGAAUUCGCCGCGACCAACACGCCCCAAGAAAUCGGAGUGUCAGAAAGGGAUGGCCAGACACUUGCGGCUGUGACUCGAGCUCUACUGCGCGAUGGAGACUUCCCAAAACACAUGUGGGGGGAGCUCAUGAUGACUGCAGCAUACCUGACCAACAGGACCCCACACGCGGCGCUAGGGGGAGCCACGCCGUAUUCCAAGAUGUACAACACAACCCCGGACCUUUCUCGACUUCGUGCCAUCGGCGCCCGCGCAUUCGUUCAUCACGAGCGAUACAAGAAGAAGCUAGACGACCGGACCUUUGAAGGCAAGCUCUGCGGUUACGGACCUGGCAGCAAGACGUACCGGAUCUACGUGGAGGGCAAAGACAAGGUCUACGAGAGCCGGAACGUGACUUUCAUCGAGACUCCACCCAACACCAUCCCCCCUCACCGGUGGGACGACCGUCUCGGAUAUGAACAUCACGUGAUGAACUUCACGUCACUGCUCGGAUGCCGUACCUCUACGGGCGACGAAGACAACAAAGUGGACUACGGAACACAAUCAGAGCUCCUGCUGCACGAGAUGCGCAACAUGCAGCAAGACAACAUCAGCCGAGCAGAACUUCGCCAAAACAACGCGGGCAUGGAUUCCGACAACUACUUUGCUGCUGGGGGAGCUGACAGCAACAACAACCCGCGGACUACGACACCAUCCAGGACAUCGCAGGACACGACACUCGAAUCACCCACGACGCCAACAGACACGGACUCCGCUUCGCCAGCCCCCAUCCCAAUGCGUCGAUUAACGGUGACCCGUCCUGCCACGCGCACUCACCAACCCACAGAUGACCCUAUCGACCCUUCAUGCAUCCCGAAAUCUCUGGAAGUGAACAUGAACGACAGAGGCCGCUCUGCCAUGGCUGUCAGCCACCCCGACCCACUGGAGCUCACCGAGGAUCAACUACUCGAUCUCACCCACCAAGCGCAGCAACGAUGCCCUACUGACGCGGCGGAUUUUGCUCACCUGGAUGAAGACCCCUUCGCCGAAGUCCGGGCGUAUGCUUACGCCACGGGCACCUCGAGCAAAGGCCGCUUCAAGGCCCGCUUAGUCGCGGGGGGACACCGCCAACGGGCAGGACGACACUUCGGAAGGAACUACGCUCCAGUAACCCGAUUGGGUAGCAUCCGCAUGCUAUUCGCCAUCGCUUGCGAACACGGAUGGGAGGUGUACCAAUUGGACGUGGUAGCUGCAUUCCUGAACGCGUACACCGACAGAGACGUCUACGUCAGGCCGGCGCCAGGCGACGAGGAGAGGGACCCUACGACAGGUGAAAUGAUGGUCUACAAACUGGAGAAAAGUCUGUACGGCCUGUCACAGUCCCCGUCACUGUGGAACGACGCCAUCAAUGACAGACUCAUCAUCUUCGGCUGGCAGCGCACUCGCUCUGACCCCUGUGUCUACAUCUUCGUAAGCGGGGACGAACUCACAAUCCUCGCGAUCUACGUCGAUGACAUCCUCAUCACGGGCGGAAACAAGGAGAUCGUAAGCAGCAAAAAGAAGGAACUCAUGGACAGCUUCGAAAUGACAGACAUGGGAGAGGUCAAGCGCGUAAUCGGCAUCGAAGUGCAGCGGGACUACGAACAUGGCACACUAGCCAUAUCGCAAGGACCCUACGCGAGAGAUAUCCUACAGCGAUACGGAAUGGAACAGGCAAACCCGGUCAGCACCCCCGGGUAUGGAGCAGAACUAUCAACCGAGCAGCCACAAGACCAACUACUCGGACCCGAGGACAAGCAGAGAUUCCAGGCCAUCACCGGGAGUCUCCUGUACCUUGCCCAAUGCACCCGCUACGAUCUGUCAUACGCAGUGCACCAACUGACACGGGCAUGCGCAAACCCAGCACAGGUCCACAUGGCUGCGGCCAAGCACCUACUACGGUACCUACGCGGAACGCCGGACCUGCCGAUCGUGUACAAGAAGGGGCAGUUCAGACUCUCGUGCUUCACUGACUCGUCAUUUGGAGCCAACCCAGACAACGGCAGGUCUACCACCGGAUACCUGUUCUUCCUAGGAGGGGGACUGAUCAGCUACGGAGCCAAGGCACAGACUCUCGCAGCACAGAACACCGUGGAGGCCGAACUUCAAGCGCUGAGCUUCAGUGCUCGCGAGGCAGUCUACAUCUCCAACUUCAUGACGGAAAUCGGAUUCAAGACCUUUCGAUCGGUACCCAUCAACAGCGACAGCACCGGAGCAUUGACUGUGGCCAGCAACGCGAUGUUCAGCUCUAGAACCAAGCACAUCGCGCUCCGGUUCUUCUUCCUCAGGGAACUCACGAAGGGGCACCGGAUCACUCUUCACCACCAACCUAGUGCCACGAUGUUGGCGGACAUCGCGACGAAACAUCUCCCGAAGCAGCGAUUCGCCACCAUCAUGCAACUCAUCAAGGACUACAAGUGCUAGAAGAUAUUAAGCACAAGAUCGCAUAGUAUGGUUGAAUGUUUUGGACGCGUGUAUUGCUCACAGGAUGGAUUCACUCAUGUGGAGGUCGAUAUUCUUUGAUAUGGAUUGGGAAUCGAGGGGUCGCAAAAAUGGCAGCGAAGUGAAGUUUUGGAACAUCGGCUACUUGCCUAAUCGAGGGGUCGUGUCGAGGAAAACUGUUACAACGUAGUCAGGCACAGUUUACCAUAGGUGCGACUGCGGCAACUAGCCUUCCGUAGACAUAAUACAGAAAGAAGAGAUGGUACUCAGCAGAGAACAUGAGCACAGAGUUGUAGCGGAGAUAAUUUGGCAGGCGAGACUGUAGUUGUUUUAUUGUUCCGAACCCCGAAAUUCCGGUACUCGGGCCAUUACUCCGGAGACCCUCGGAACCUGCUGUGUUUUUGCUGCUUGUUUUUUGUUUUUGUUUUGUUGUUGAGAUGAGACACAAGCGCGCCUUCGCCCCUUGUGCUCACUCUCAUCUAGCACCCAUCAAAGCCUGACCAGGGAGUCAGUUGAUAAGAAAAUCUAUCUACAUUUCUCUUUCCAGAGCUCGCUCGGGCCUACCGAUCUCACAGCAGUGUAGACCAACCUCUGUGAUAGAGCGGUGACAGCAGUGUAACCUCUGUGGUAGACUACAAAGUCUACGAGCUACAGCAGCACCGCCACCUCCGCUGCUGCAGGACGCCACAUUCUGUGAGCGUCGAAGUUUGGUACUCACGAGAGCUUGUCAGCUAUAUUUCACUUUCACCCCCCCACAUUUCGUAAAUUGUUCACCCCAUGAGGAUUCGAACUCACGACCUCUGCAACUAACGGAUUACGAGGAUACCACUAUAGACCUCCGGCGCGACCAUUUUUUUUUAUUUUAAUUCCAAGUACUUCGAAGUGAAAUACAAUAAAAUGGAUCCGAAGAGCCCGCAAGUCAAUAAAAGUCAACCACGUAGACUUUAGUCUAGGCCACUCCGCUCGCCUCUACACGCUACAAUGUAUGCGCGGUAACCCUGCACUGGAAAAGGAAAAGAAUGAGAAAAAUAAUCAAGAGGGAAAAACAUUAAUUCUACAUCUUCCCAGCAUAAAAUAACACACUCUGAGAGAUGUACAAGAUGGCUACCAAACUGUCUUCUUGUUGAUCAUGUCCGUUCCCCGCGGGGAAGAUAUCGCUAUGUGCUGCUCGGGAAAUCGUGGAAAAACAGAACUUUCACUGACGCCAUGAUCAAUUCAUUGCUAACCUGUCUUGCAUGCAGACUCUGUUCGUAUAGAAACGGCUUCGUUGGGUUAUACUGACGGGGCGGCAUGGCUCAUGAGGAAAUGGCACAGGCAGAAGGCGGAACCUCCGCCAAGCGCCAGCGCUCGAGGGGAGCAGAAGCAGAGAGUACGGCCAUCUCAGGACCGAAGAGAAAGAGAGCCGGGGAAGCGGCGGUGGGGGGGAAGAAACGGCGACCGGGCACUGCUGUAGAAGCGAUCAAGGGUGGCCGAGGCAGCACUUGUGGCGAACUAUGUACCCGGCUGAUAACAGCAUUUUGGUGAAAUUGAGAGCAAAGCAUCUGAUUGAUAGCGAGAUUGCGCGAUGCGCUGCAGCUGGACUACUGCUGAAAGGUGGAGCUUGCUGUUGAGAGGUGGAGCUUGCUGUGUAGCUUAAUUGAAGGGCCAGUCCGUAGCUACAAGCAGAUGCCCUGGUCAUCCUGUUGGAGUCUCUCGAUGUGGAGUUACAGCGGCGAGCAGAGGCUACAGCAGAGCCCACCGCCCGAGGCCAAACCGCCCUGCAACAGUUUGGGGCAGGAAUAGCCAAUCUGGGGAAAUCUAGCAACUUGUCUAGCUCCUCGCUGCAGCAUCCGAUGACGAUGACACGUAUAUGCUCGUGACGCUGCUGAUGAGACCUUCAAUUUGCGCCGCUUCUUGGAAGAGCCCGCCCCCUACUUCCCGAGAAAUGGCAAGAGGCGUCUGGACGCGAACUUUUAUUUUUUUGGCUCUCGCUCUCAAUUUCAUGGUAGGCCUGUCCUCCAUCGGCCGUUUUAUUUUCGAUUUAGAUACACAAACUUUAUUUCUAUACUAAUUUCAAGUAAUUCCACCUUCUUAUUCUCCGUCAUACAAGCAAAACGGCCGAUGGAGGACAGGCCUAAUUUCCUGCUGCGCUCUCAAUUUCACCAGCAUGUUGUUCUGAUGUUGUUGCGCCCUGUUUCCCUCCUGCUGUAUGAUACUCCUUUAUGUAUGUAUUUCCGUUGUAUUGCCUUCGGCCUCUGUGCUGUGCUUCUCAGUUUUUUUUAUGUCCUCCCUACUGCCUAGACUACUCUGCUGUGUUGGGUACCUUGAUCUCGCUAUUGCUUUUGUUUUUGUACUACAUCUUGCUGUCUGCCCAUCUGACGCCUCUUUGUCCUGUUUGCUCCGUUACUCCUCCCAUGCCCUGGUGCGUAGUGCCUGGUGCUGAAUGUGGCGUCCUGCAGCAGAGGAGGUGGCGGUGCUGCUGUAGCUCGUAGACUUGGUAGUCUACCACAGAGGUUACACUGCUGUCACCGCUCUAUCACAGAGGUUGGUCUACACUGCUGUGAGAUCGGUAGGCCCGAGCGAGCUCUGGAAAGAGAAAUGUAGAUAGAUUUUCUUAUCAACUGACUCCCUGGUCAGGCUUUGAUGGGUGCUAGAUGAGAGUGAGCACAAGGGGCGAAGGCGCGCUUGUGUCUCAUCUCAACAACAAAAC